UCUGGUAGCGUUUGCAUGCACUGAGAAUAGGAAAAGCGCACGGUAGUUUUAGUUGAACAUCUAGGCAGCUACCGGUAUCUAUCAACAGAUCUAUGUUAAGCAAUGUUCACAAACCUAUAAACUUGGGAUCUUAGAUCCGUAGACCAGUAGACUGUUUGAUAACGAAGUCGUUGGUACAACUUUCUCAAUAAAUAGACUACAGCAAUAGCAGAAUAGUCUGCAUCUGAUGGAGGCAGCGAAUGUAGACGUUGACAAACCUAUUGGAUAUGGAGCGUUUGGUGUAGUCUGGUCGGUGAAAGAUCCAAGAGAUGGCAGACGAGUUGCAUUGAAAAAAAUACCGAAUGUAUUUCACAAUGUUGUCACUGCUAAACGAGUUCUUCGUGAACUUAAAAUAUUAUGUUUUGUCAAUCAUGAAAAUAUUUUAUCUGCGGUAGAUUUGUUACAGCCAACAGAGCGACCUUUUGAUGAAAUGUAUGUUAUGACUCCAUUGAUGCAUACUGAUCUACACAAAAUUAUAGUCUCACAACAGCCUUUGACAGAAGAUCAUGUGAAGUUAUUUCUGUACCAAAUACUGAGAGGCAUGAAGUAUCUACAUGCAGCCAAAAUAUUACACAGAGAUGUGAAACCAGGAAAUCUCCUUGUUAACAGUGAUUGCAGACUCAAAAUUUGUGAUUUUGGUUUAGCUCGAGUUGAAGAACCAGAUGCAUCAAAAUAUAUGACACAAGAAGUUGUUACACAGUAUUACAGAGCUCCAGAAUUACUGAUGGGUGCUCGUCACUAUACUAGUGCUAUUGAUGUAUGGAGUGUUGGAUGCAUCUUUGCUGAAUUAUUGAGUAGAAAAAUAUUAUUUCAAGCAAAUAGUCCAGUCACUCAGAUUGAUAUGAUUAUCAGCUUACUUGGUGAAAGAAAUACAACAUCAACAGAGCAUUACAUUCCUCAUCCGUCGCAACAGUAUUCCAGUAACACUCAGCCCACAACUGCAAUGAGAGUCCCAGCCAACAGAACAUCUUCUCCUGAGAAUUUUUAUCUUGUUGCACCAAAUAUGACUCAUGAAGCUGCUCAUUUACUUUCUAGGCUGUUAGUUUGGAAUCCAAAGAAACGAGUGUCAUGCGCAGAAGCUUUACGGCAUGUCUACUGCCGCAAUGGUAGGUUGAGGUAUCACACGAGUCUUUGUUUGUGUUGCCAUCUGAGUGGAAUAGGCACCGAUGGGAGACAGAGUCUAAGAGUUGCAACUGAAGUUGAACUUGAACCUGUUCCGUCGUCAACUUUUAACGAUUCUUAUGAAAAUGUUCUGAAGACAACGGACCAAAUAAGAAGCAGCAUUGCUCAGUUUGUCAACAGUCAGCCAUGUGGCAGGAAGGUACCACUGUGCAUAAACACUGAAAGCUCAGUAUUUUCUAAAUUUAUGGCUUCCACAGUCGCUCAUUCACAUGCAAAUACUUCCUCAUCUCCUUAUGUGCAGUAAAUCAAAAUCAUUGCUAACCAAACAUGGUAUAUCAAAAUAUGUCUGUAUAAUUUGCUUUCCAAUCAUAAUGAUUAUAUCAUGAUUUUACGGAAAAGUAGAUGUCACUGAUUAUUGAAAAUUCAAAUUAUUUCCAUUCCCGAACACCAUUAUAUAUUAUAUAGAGUACCGUACUUUUUGGACAGUGUUUAAAAUUGUUGUGUCACACUUGUCCCAAUUAAAUAUCACUUCAUAUGAAUAAUCUAACCUUCUGCUGAAGUUUUUAUCUGUCCUAACUCGGAUGUUACAAUGAAUUCGCUUCAUAUGCUUACCUGAAUCAUUUGUGUCUCUGUCACAAUAUAUGUCUACAUUAACUCAGAACAAUGGGAUAAAUGUGCUAAACAGGGCGUGUGACAUUUUUGAUACACUGCUCUUCGGAUAUGAACAUCUCCAUACAUACCUUAACAUUUAACAGCUUUCUGCAAAAGUCACUUUUUCAUUUAUCUGAAAUAAUGCAGCUAACAUGAUGAUUUUGAUCUAUAUGAACUCAUGAUUUCAGUUUUAUUUCUUGGAUGAAAAUAAAUACAAUUACCAUGUUUGACAGAUAUUAAUAUUUUCUAAGAUUCUUUAACCUUUGAAUAUUUCUUUUUUUGCACUAUAGUACUGCAGUCAUAUGAACUAUUCUGAAAACAGUAUCGUUUUUACCUUUUUAUACUUUUUUUGGUUUUAAUUGUUUCUUGCCAGUUCUUAUUGAAUUCAGCAUUUUAUCUUUCAUGUUAUAUACUGUAUUGUGAUACUAUUCAUGUGGGUGCUUGAACGUUGAUAACAUCAUACACAUUCUUUUUGUUUUUUUUUCUUGUCCUGGUGCUGCAUUUUUGUUUGUAAAUUUUGGUGGUUUCAUCCCACGAGAGGCUUAUGCUUGCAUUCUAUCUAGUGCAGAAGGGAUUUUUUGUCAUUUUUCUUCAAAACUUGAUAAUGAACAAUUCUAGUACAUGAAUCACCUUUGCUUGCCAUUUUUAUCUUUAUGUAUACAAGUUUAGUUCCCACAAAAGAGUCUGUACAUUUGGAAUUUGUAAAUAUAUGUGCAGUACUUGAUUGCUAAAUUCUGUAACUGAUAACUGUUAAUGUUCAGUUACUUAUGAAUUACCUGAGCGAGUAGUUGCCUCGUAUUGGAGUUUUAUAUCAAGCCGUUUGUAUAAUUUGAGUUCAAUCUUAUUUAUAAUUGGAACAACCUUUUCCAGUACACAUAAAACAGGCUUUCUAUAGCUUUUCAGUGAAAUUGAACUACCUGAAUUACGUUACCUCUUGUAUUACCAGAAGCUGGCCAAUAACACAAAAUUUUUACUAUUUUAUGAUAUUUUAUAAUAAUUGUAUUGCCAUGUUGCUUGUUUAUCAGAAAACUUAUAAUUGCUACUUAUUGUUAAAUGACUUAAAUGGUAAUGCUUUUGUGAUCAAAAUGUGUAGUCAUAGUCUGUGGUGCAAAGCUUGGACACAGUAAUAUUUUUGAUAUUUUCAUGAUCUACACCAGGGGUCGGCAACCUUUUGUCACUCGUGGGCCAAAAUUAAAGGUUGCAAGUCAUUGGCGGGCCGCAGAUGUUUUUAGAAAGUUAUAAACCGAACGGAUGGCCGAUGAAUCACAUUUUUCCACACAUAUCAGAAGUUAGAUUUUAAGCAUCGCGCGGGGACUGACCAUUUGAAUAUUUUCCGCGCCAUUUAGCCAUUUGCACUUAGCAUCAACUUUUCUGCGUUUUGU